AUGCACUCAAUACGUCCAGCAACCACUCGAGGGCUUCGAGCAGCUUUGACUUCCAAUGCUCGUGCUCGUACACAACCAAGUGCAACACCAUGCCUCUUCUGCGCGCAUCGCGCAACGCCGCAGGAAACAUCACGCCGCCACCAGUCGACAGCAAACGCUCGCGAGGAGCCUUUCAAGGCUUCUGUAUCCGCGCAACAAUCACAAACACAUUACUCGUUCUUCCCUAAGUCUUUGUCGACCGGCCCACCACCCGAGGGACCGUUCAGCAUCGACCUGAAUGCCCUGAAACGCGAGUUUCUGCAACUUCAGGCGAAGGCACAUCCUGAUCUACACCCCCAAGAAGACAAGAAGAGAGCUGAGGCAACUUCUGCACGGAUCAACGAAGCGUACAAGACCCUCCAAUCCCCGUUACACCGCGCGCAAUACCUUCUUUCACAGCGCGGCAUCGAAACCGCCGAAGACGAGACAGCGAAGGUGGAUGACCCGGAGUUGCUCAUGGAAGUUCUGGAAGCCAGAGAGAGGAUAGAAGAGGCAGAGCAAGAGGAAGACCUUGUGGAGAUGAAGGAUGAAAAUGAGAUCAGGAUACAGGCCAGCAUCAAAGCGCUCGAGCGAGCAUUCGCUGAAGACGACAUGGAGUUGGCAAAGGACGAAACUGUCAAGUUACGGUACUGGAUGAACAUCAGCGAGAGUAUUGCGAACUGGGAGAAGGGCAAGCCGGUUGUGCUCGAGCACUAA